ACAAACUUUCAAGGAAAAUGGCAUAUCAGUGUAUCACGUGUAAAACAUUUGUCAACAAGCGUCGAGAAGCUCUUUUGUGCAAUGGCUGCAACAGUGGAGUAUCAUAAGAAACCUACAGGGACGCAGUCGAAUCUGGUGAAGACAUCCCUUGGAAGUGUGAAUUCUGUUCUGCUUCGCUUGUUAGUUUACCUAACUUUGAGAGUAUGCAACCUUCGACAGCCUAAAACCAGAAGCCAAGAUGGAGCCUCUACAGAAAUUUGUCAGUUACAUCGAGGAAAACUGGAUUUGCAGCACAGUUUGGCCCCCCAAGUGCUGGAGCGUAUUUAUGCAAUCAAUCAGAACAAACAAUGAUAUCAAGGGCUGACAUCAUAGCUUGA